AUGGCACCCCCUGCUAAGCAAUCUGCUACCCCUAUUGCCAAGAAAGCCAAUGUAACUGAGGCAAGCUGCUCAAUUUCCAUCACUGAGGCUACACCUCUAGAUAUGGUUCCCCCUGUGCAAGAAAUUGCAGAUGAGCCCUCUCCCGCUCCUAAAACAAGGAAGCCCACUCCAAAGAAGAGGAAGAGCACCAAGAAGGCUUCAACCAAAGCCACACCUACUAAAACCCCAUCCCCUGCACAUGAUUCUCCUGCUCUAGUUAAUCCCUCUGCUGAGGAAGCUCCAAUUCCUCAAAAGCCAAUCCCACAAGGAGAAAACCCUCAGGAGCCAGCCAAAGAGGUUGCUCAAACAAAAGAAAAGACCCUCAAGCCUUCAAAGCACUCUAGGAAGCUGUCCAAAGGAGAGUCAUCAGCUCAAGUGGAGCAACCACCAGCAUAA